AUGUGGAGGAUUGUGGUUGUGGUCUGUCUUUCUCAGUGCAUUAUGGGUCAGAUGCUGGAGGCCAGAUCCAAAGGAGCCCCUCCUCGGCUUAUUUGCGGCAUUCCAGGUUUGCCAGGAGCACCGGGAAAGACCGGACCCCCUGGGCCUCGUGGAGAGGAUGGCCAUGUCGGAAUCCCAGGGAGAGAUGGGAGGGAUGGGCGGAAGGGGGGAAAGGGAGAAAAAGGAGAACAAGGCCUCAGAGGUAGAGUUGGGCCGACGGGAAAGCUUGGAGAAUGUGGAGAGAGAGGUUUCAUUGGGAAACGUGGACCUGAAGGUGAUCCUGGAAAUUUAGGGCCUCCUGGUCCUCCAGGACGUCUCGGACUAAAGGGUGACAAGGGCCAACGAGGCCCUCCGGGAGAAGCAGGAAUCUGCAGAUGUGGAAGUUUGGUUCCCAAAUCCGCUUUCUCUGUAGGCAUCACCAGUAGCUACCCCACUGAGCAUGCACCUAUCAAAUUCAACAAAGUCCUGUUUAAUGAGGGCGGCCACUACAACCCAGAGAUGGGGAAAUUCAUCUGUGCUUACCCAGGAAUAUACUACUUUUCUUAUGACAUCACUCUGGCCAACAAGCACCUGGCCAUUGGUUUGGUUCAGAACGGACAGUACCGGAUAAAGACUUUUGAUGCCAACACGGGGAACCAUGACGUGGCGUCUGGCUCAACAGUGAUGUUUCUCAACCCAGAGGAUGAGGUGUGGCUGGAGAUCUUCUACAAGGACCAGAACGGCCUGUUUGCUGACCCUGGCUGGGCUGACAGUCUGUUCUCUGGGUUUUUACUUUAUGCAGAUACAAACUAUAUGGAUACAUUGGCGGAAGAUUACAACUAGCAGAUAUGGUAACAAUGAUUAAUGGUGCUAUCUUGGAUCGGGUCGUGCUGUUCUCACGCCAUGAAUAUCACAUUUUUAGACACUGUUUCCAUUUUUAAAAAGCAUUGUAUACAGCAUAGUAAAAAAAAAGUAUAAAAUAUGUCUCAAAAAUACAGGGGUUGGAGAAUGAAACUGAAACACCUGGUUUUAGACCACAAUAAUGUAUUAGUAUGGUGUAGAGCCUCCUUUUGCGGCCAAUACAGAAUCAAUUUGUCUUCGGAAUGAUCGAUACAAGUCAUUCAAGCCAUUCCUCUUGCAGAACAGUGGCCAGGUCACUAUG